CAAAUAUGAGCCACAAGUCACCUGCUCUAUAAAACCUGCCAGACCUGCACUACAAACAUGGAAUGUGUGGUCGGGUAGAUUUAAGAGAUAAUUGAUAAGUUAUGCUAAACUUAAACUAUUUUUAAAAAUUAUUAAUUCGAUUAUUAUGUCAAGUGAGCGCGAUCAAUUCAUAGUAUUAACAUAAACCCAGACAUCCCACAAGUUCCGGGAGUCUCCCGCAGAUGGAUAACGGCUCCCGGACGCCCGAAAAUGAUAUACAAUAUCCCGGAAAUCGGUUUUUGUAGAGGGAGCGAGAGACCAAACAGUUUCUACUAGUAGACGGGCUCUGGAUAGACAAGAGAGGAGUGACGUAGCGAGAGAGUGACAGGGCGUAUCCUGAUAGGUGUAGUUAGCAGAGAGAGACCAAUCAGUUUUCUCUGUGGGCAGGCUUUACGGUCCAGCUCUCUCUGGCAGUGUCCGCAUACUUACCUACUAUAUAGUAGGCGAAAAGCAGUAUGUCAGAGGGGUAGUAUGUCCGAAUUAUCAGUAGGCGAGGAAUACCCGGAUUGCGUACUGCUUCCGGUGAGAUUUUGCAGUAUGCAACCGAUGCACACUGCGCGAGUCAAACAAUCCCAUGAUGCAACGGGACUGAUACGGACGAGCUCAGAUAAACAAACGCGGAAGACAGCGUCGGCUCUAACUGCACUUCAGGCUCUGAAAAGGAAGAAGCGUCUUGAGCAGCAGCUGACUCAGAUUGAUGGGACGUUGUCCACCAUCGAGUUUCAGCGGGAGGCAGUAGAGAAUGCCAACACGAACGCGGAGGUCCUGAAAAACAUGAGCAUGGCUGCCAAAGCUAUCAAAGGAGUCCAUGAGAAGAUAGAUUUGGAUAAUAUCGACUCUCUCAUGGAGGACAUCACAGAGCAGCAGCAAAUAGCUCAGGAAAUCAGCGGUGCUAUUUCACAGCCUUUCGGCGAGCAGUUUGAUGAGGAUGAGUUGUUGGCCGAGCUGGAAGAGCUGGAGCAGGAAGAGCUUGAGGAAAGUAUGAAAAACAUGGGCAGGCUGCCCAGUGUACCGACGUCCAAACUGCCCAGCACGAGACCUAGUCACCGUACGACAACUAAGAAAAGAGUGGAGGAUGAAGAUGACAUGAAGAUGUUAGCAGCCUGGGCUUCUUAGUCAUCACAAAAAACACACACGUACACCAUACACACAGGUUGUAAGAAAAAGGCAAAUAGUUUAAAUUUAAGGGUAUAAAAAAAAGGACAUAAAAAAAAAUCCCACAAUUUUAGGCAACAUGUUUAUUGUAAAGAUGAAGUAUGGGGUAAAUGAAGGAUUGUAAAGAGUAGCUUGUAAAUAGUAUGUGGAUGAAAGGUUGAUGGGCAGAGGUACUAUAGAGAGGUCCAAUGCACCCCUGAAGUUGUCAGGGAGUAAAAAAAUCUUACUGGCACAGCUGGUGAUGGGCUAUAAAUCAUAGACAUGUAAAUAUAAUGAGACACUAGAAUAUAUGUGAAAAUCAAAUUAUAUUAUUUAGGGUUUUUUUUGUUUUGAAAUUAUUUUACUUUGAUAAUUGUAUUGAUUUUAAUAAAUCCCAUUUGAAACUUGU